CCCUCCGGCCACCUGCCGGCUGCGCUGCCCGCGGGCGCCCGGCGGACGCGCAGGGGGACCAUGCCGCGCUCCUUCCUGGUGAAAACGCACUCCAGCCACAGGGUCUCCAACUACAGGCAGCUGGAGACGCAGAGAGAAAUUAAUGGCGCCUGUUCUGCCUGCAGGGGGCUGGCGGUGCCCCUCCUCCUCCCAGACAAGGCGGCCUCUUCCACCCCUGGUGACCCUCCCCUGCCGUGGGACCGCACCUCUGCCGUCUGCCCCAUCUCCCUGCCCCUUCCGCGUACUGAGGAAGCUCGGGGGGCCUCCGGGCCAGAUCCCCUGGAAGGCAGCCGGGCGGACCUCUGGACCGGCCGGGCCCCCAGCGAGCCCCUCAAAGACAGCCUGAACCACCUCAACCUGCCCCCGCUGCGGGUUCCGCCCACGCGGUGGCCCCCGAUCGCGGGCCCGGACGGGGGCCAGGCUCCAGACAGACUCCAGGCGGCCCCGGGGGGCCUCGGGCGCCCGCACUGCCACAAGCCCUGCCACCUGCGGGCGCCCCGCUGCUUCACCUGCAGGUUCUGUGACAAGGAGUACGCCAGCCUGGGCGCCCUCAAGAUGCAUAUCCGCACGCACACGCUGCCCUGCCUCUGCUCUGUCUGCGGCAAGGCCUUCUCCAGGCCCUGGCUGCUGCAGGGCCACAUCCGGACCCACACAGGUGAGAAGCCGUACACCUGCUCACACUGCGGCAGGGCCUUCGCCGACCGCUCCAAUCUCCGGGCCCACCUGCAGACACACUCGGACACCAAGAAAUACCAGUGCAACAGCUGCGCCAGGACCUUCUCCCGCAUGUCGCUCCUGGCGCGGCACGAGGAGUCUGGCUGCCGCCGCGGCCCCUGACGGGUGCGGGCUCAGUGCCGGCGGGAGGGACAGGACCUCACCCCUCUCGGCACCCGUGAUGCCCAGCGAGCCCGGCCCCACGCUCACUCGGUGGGUUCCUCCUCUCCCCGCCGGCCACCCACUUCCGUCCAGGGCCAGAGCCGCCCGCGGGCUGUUAGGGCGACUGAGGGAAGACCGUCACGGCGGCGUGAGCCACCAUUCCCUGACUUGCCCUGGUUUCCGGUUCUCUUCUCCCAAGAGAAAAGGCGGCUGGGGGUGGCUGCCAGCUGGGCCAGCUCCUGCCACUCGGCCUUCGUGGGCACAGCCACCACAGGCUCACCUCCGCCUGCCUGCGUGCAUGCACGUGGCACUGGGUGUCCCGACGCAGAGCCAGGGCCCCAUCCCCAAGCACAGGGCAGUGAGGAGCCUGGCACCCCUGCCUGUCACGUCCUCUGAGACCCCAGGUCCUGCCUGGUGCCCUGGGUCUGCGGAAGAGGCCAAGCCCGGAGUAAUUACCCAGAUUCCUGGGUAAUUUGGGCCUCUGGCCACGGAGCAAGGGAGGCAAAGUGUAGGGACGGGGAGCGGGGAGGUGGGUGGCGACACUCCAAGCAGGUGAGCAGGGCCACCUUCUUUGGGAACAAGGAGACCGGAAAUGGGGACAGCCUUAUACAGGGAGGGAGAGCGGCCGUGGAGCGUAGAUAUGCCGGGGGUGAGGCUGUGAGGGCAGAGCUGGGGAGAGUGAGGCCCAGGGAAGAGGCCAGCCGGGGCCGUGUGUGUCUGCGUCGGCGGGGUGCUCACAAGAGAACCCAGUCCUGGGUCUGCACACGUCUCCACCGAGACCACCGUGUCCACAACGGCCCGUGGCACCAUCGCCCCUUCUCUGCCCGCCCUCUCCCGAGGCCAUAGGCGUCCACAGUGGAGGGAGUGGGUGCUGCCUCAGACACAUGCCUCCUGAACCGACUCAGAUGCCAACAGGAGUCCCCUCCCCAGCAUCCUGCCCCCGAGUGCGGCCUCUGCCCACCCCCAGACCCCCGGGGAUGUCACCUGCUGGGCUGGGCCUCGAUCUUGCUAGCGUGUCUUAGCGUCUCUGGCCUGCCCCUGGAGGGCAGCCCGAGUCUAAUGGGGACUGACUGAGUUCUUGAUGCCCGGAGGGGACAGCCGCCCCACUUCUGGCCCAGGCUGAGGGACAAAGUUAGGCUCCUGUUCCUGGCCCUGAGUGGGGGCCACAGGGCAAGCGGCAGAGGCCGCAUGUCGGCCCUGGGCCUCGCAGACCCACUGAAGCACAUUCACCAGCCCGCUGCUGGGCCACGCGGCACCUGUAGAUCCUGCCCGAGGCUCCUCGGGGUGAAAGGGCCUGUGUGGAUGGUUUGAUAAUGGCCAUCGGAGGGGUCUUGGGGACAUCCCAGAGGAAACCUGACCGUGAUGUGGGGCUUCUCUGGACCAAGGGUGACCUCGACAAAACUGGCCACCCAGGAGGGCCGCGGCUCCGGGAUACAGCAGAACAGAUCAGCGGGUGCAGUGAAGACGUUUGCUGGGGAAGCCACGCUCACAUUCCCAGGCCUGCACCUGGCCUCCCCUCCGCGGGGACCUGCCAUCCCUCGAGGGACAGACAGUGUGAACCAGAUGCUUAGCUGAUAGGUCAGCGGGCUGUGACUCCCAUAACAAAGCCCCAUGCACCAUGCGGCUUAAACCACAGAGGUGUACUCCCACACUCUGGGGGCCAGAAGUCAGGGCCCCAGGUGCCACAGGGCUGGUCCCCUCGGGGGCCGGCCUCUCUCUCUCUCUCUGUCUUGGCUCCUGCUGGUUUGUGGGCAUCUUUGAUGCUCCUUGGCUGGUGGACACAUCACACUUCUCUGCCUCCACCUCCCAUGGCUUCUCCCUGCGUAUGUGUCUCUGUGUCCAAAUUUCCUCAGUUUGUGUGGACACCAGUCCUACAGGGUUAGGACCCCCCUUAAUGGCCCCAUCUUAACUCGAUUACCUGAAAAAACCCUGAUUCCAAAUAGGGUCAGGAUUUCAACAUAUGAACCCGCAGAGGGGAGGACACCAUCCCCCCCCAACAGUUGUUGUGAACACAGUUUGCCAAGAGAUGCCCAGUGGGUCCCUGUGCUUGGGCUGAAGGAUGAAGGACAGCAGAGUGGAUUCCUCUGUCCCCUUGGUCCACAAAGGAUCAAGGGGGGCAGUCAAUUUUAACUGACGGGCGCACCGGCAAACACCUCCUGUGCCUGUUCCCACUUCCUGUCCAUCAUCCCAACCAGGGGCCCUGCCCUAGCAGGGUGGUCCUCCCUCCCAUCGGUCUCCCAAAGAGCUGGGCUCCUCUGUUGAGUGGGUCAAGCCAGCGUUCUGGCCCAUAUCCGGCCAUCUCACAGGAGGGCUUUUUUUUUUUUUUUUUUUAAAUAGCAUCCAGAUGCCCAAAGGAAGCUAUAUUGUAAAUUGUGUUCUAUUUCUGGGCCCUGAUAGCUAAAUGAGGUGAUGCACCUGUUGGGUAUGAAGGGAGGGAAUUUCACGGCCCUAAAAUAAAGUCAAAUGCUUGCCCUUCUGUGCCGGCCCGUGGAAAAUGCUCUUAUAUUUAUAUCUGGACUGGCAGAGGGCAGGGUGGUGGAGGCCAGGUUGGCAGAGAGGGUGAAGAAAGGCCGAGCACCUGCCAGGGAGCUGAUGGAGAAUGAAUGGGGGAGACGGUCCACCAGGGGCGGGGCGGCUGCAGUCAGACCCCAGGGAGGCCACCUGCCCAGCUGCCUGGCCGCUCAGGGUUCCCAGCUCCCCCCUCACCUUUUUCCAUGCUAUUUUGCCUGGUCAUCAGAAUUCACCUGGGACGCCCAUUUAGAAGCUGGCUUUCUGGAGCCCUCUCCCAACACCUACAGAACGGGAGUCGGCAGGAGGUCUAGGUCUAUCCCUGGGUGAAGGUGGAUGACUGGUUCUUUUCUCAGGAUGCUGCUAUUUGGGUCCCUCCCACCUGCAGGCCAUCUUUUUUCUAUCCAAACUGUACUGACCACAUUUCCACUCUUCACCCUAAAGAAGGCCUUUCGGUCCUGGUCCAGCACAUUGUUGGGUCCUCCCUCCAAGGUGGGAGGAGGGACCAGAGGUCCCGGGGCCCAAGGAGCUGGGAGCAGGUGCCACAGCUGCAGCCUGGUUAUGUCUGGUGAAGGCAGAAACCUAAGAGACGAGUGAGGAUGCGGGACACGAGGAAAAUCAUGUAACCAGCCCUCCAAGGUUGGGGACCCCAUCUUUUAGCACGACAGGUGCACCUGGAUGGCGGUGUGAGGGCCACAGACAGGGUCAGCACCAGAUACCCAGCAAGGAAAACCACCGUUUUCUGACUCAGAUGCCAGCGCCCAGCCGCUGUGAGCUCAGGUCCUAGAAACAGGUGCGAGAGGGACACUAGGUCUCCGGUGGCCCCGCUCUGGCCCCACUCCCAGCUGAAAGAAACCUCUCUCCUGAAAGCUACAGACACACUAGGUUACACCCUCCCUUCCAAAAGCCCAGAGGGCUCCCUAAAUAUCAUUUUGGCGCAGAAUAUUCUGGGGAGGGGGGGGUUCUCUGGAAGUUUGAAAAUAGCCCGCGUGUUACUAUCUUUGUUCAGAGAACCCACCCCUGGCCUCCACUCGGUGGCUAAGUAUAGCUCCCUGGCAAAGUUCAAUGGAACAAAAGUUUCCAGGCCUUCAUCACUUGCAGAUGGCCUGACAUUCAGGGACACAGCUCGGCCAAGACUCAGAGAGGCUCCGAGGAGGCUGGGAGGACGCCGGCUGCUGGCCGCACCUUCCUGCUCCCGAGUGGGGGAGUGUGCGGGACUCUCCGGCCAUUGGGGGGGGGGGAGGGUCCUGGCCUGGUCCCGAAGGAGGGGUUCUGAUCCCAGCUGAGUCAGUCCCACUAGAAAGCCUUGGCUUCCACUGCUUUAAAAAAAGGAAUCCUGUUAAACUCUAUUUCAGAAUUCAGGGGAGUGCCAAAUACACAUUAAAAAAAAAAAAAAAAGACACUUCGGAUGCCUAAAAUAAAAUAGAAUAGCUAACUUUAGAGAAACUCCCCACCUUUACCUCCUCUUAGAAUCUGUGUGCACUUCCUGACCACCGAGUUCUGGCUCCAGUCUCCCCUCCCAGCUGCCCGCCCAGCCCACUGAGCCCCUGGGAUCGUCCUCAGGGCCCAGGAGACGCUGGGCAGGGCUCAGGUACACAGUGGGGCCGAGGGCGGGAGGGCUGGGGGCAGAGGUUCAGGGUCCGUCUUGGCGGCUGGGUGCGGGUGUCUCUGGUAUGUGCAAAACCUGGAGGCUGCCUUCCCACACGACCUCCAUCAGUGCUGCGCCCCCCACCCCCAGGCUGACCGGAGGGCAUCCGUCCCCUCCCCCUCCCCACACCUCUGCCCCAUGGGCCCCUCUUCCGUUCUCCUGCAAGGAUGCACCCUCCCCGGGUCGUGAAGGAAGACGCGCAAUCACUUGUUUUGCCUGCUGAGCUCAGACACGCGAGCCCCUCUCCUUCCCUGGCUGUGGGCCUGGGCCCAGGACACAUGUGACACACUGAUUUCAGAAAUGGGAGUCUCGGGGGCCGCCUGGGGGGCUCAGUCGGUGGAGCGUCUGACUCUUGACUCCAGCUCAGGUCAUGAUCUCACAGUUCGUGGGUUUGAGCCCUACGUCAGGCUCUGCACUGACAGCUGGGACCCUACUUGGGACUCCUCUCUCUCUCUCUCUCUCUCUCUCUCUCUCUCUCUCUCUCUCUCUGUCUCUCCUCCACUCAUAAUCUCUCUCUCUCUCGAAAAUAAGUAAAUAAAUAUUUUUAAAAAUUAACAAAAAAGAAAUGAGAGUCUGUAAGGAGGGCGGUCCUGGAGCCACAGGUCCCUCUAUCUGCACACGACCUUGGGAAUGCCAGUGUCUCACAUCGGCCAAAGAGAGGCUGGGAUUGAGGACUGUCCCAGGCCGGAUCCUGCUGCCAGCCCCUUUGCUGGGCGUUGGAUGAGCUGUGGCUCCCUGUCGCUACCUUGCUGACGGCUGUCUCCCUCCUGCUCUGCUCUCGCAGAACAUGCCCCUGUGCCAACAGUACAUAAGUGCUCUGCAGACCUGCCCUCCGCGAGGCGCACGUGGGGCUGGCGUCACCGCCCCGGUGCCCGGGCACGUCACCUCCACCCGCUCACGGAAAACCAAUACGGCUGAGCACCGGCCUGGGUCUUACUAAGUGCCAGCGUCCGGGUCCCUGUAACAUUCUCAGUGAAUUAAUGAGAAGUGUCCACAGAGCCCCUCGCUCCCACUGGGGCGCGAAGGUCCCCUCUGGGGAGGGCGUGCUCACGGGACACCCACGGGGGCCCAGGCCAGGCACCUGCAGGUGUCUUCUCCAAGCAGAACCUGGUGAGAGUGACGGUCCUUCUCGGCCACGGUAAUAUUAACACUUUUAAGAGACGACAACAAUUCUGGAAGCCUUUCAUCUUUGGGCAGCUUUCCAAGAUUGAAGCCUUUUCUGAUGAGAACAUCAUUUUUUUACUUAUACAAUGAAACGCCAACAUGUGGAAGUUCUGGAUAAAUCAGCAAACCGGUAUUUUCCCCAUGACCCGUGAGGAUGCUACACGGUCUGGCCUGGGCCGCAGACCCCGGCCAGGAGACGGUCUCGGUGGAACGGACGUGGGAAGCGUUCACACGAUGGCGGCCGUCAUGUGCCAAUCACAGCCACACUGGAGGCAGUGCCACAGGCUGAGGUCUGGCGUGCCACCAGAGACGAGCCACGGGCACUGUUCGGGCGCGUUUCCAGCGCUGUGCGGGGACGCACACACCCCAAGCCACGCACCGUGGCGGCGACAGGGACGGCCGGGAGACCAGACACCCAGAUCUGCAAACACGCGGAGCGACGCCACCCUCCCACAACUUUGUUUCAGGAGACAGUGGUUUUUCACCCAAAUAUGUUAGCACGUGACGGGCUUAUUGACGAUUUUAAAUGAACGGACACAGCAAAUCUUUAACGCACCACCAGUUUUAAUCCCUAACAUGCACCCCACACACGAACAGCCCGCGGGUGCUCUGCUGGCCUGGAGCGCAGAAGCGCUGGGACACGAGGCUGGAGAACACGCGCCGCGUGGCCUUCCGGGACAGACACAAACGGCCGGUGGCGCACACGCCCUGGGCCGGGCGCGGUGAGAGCCUCCGCUCUGCUGCACGGGUGACGUUCAGGGGCCAUCUGGGGUAACUGAGACCACCUGUGUUUUCUGCCUUUGUCCACGGACUCCGGAAAGAAAUCCCUGCGGCCACGUGACUCCAUCCCACGCGUGCAGAGUGAGAGACCACCCCGGGUCCACCCCGAGGGAGUCCCUGCCACCUGGCCCCCUCCCCCACUCCCCUGCCACACCUUCCUCCAGCCUGGCCGGCUCCCACAACCUCAAGUUCAAGACCACGACCCUUGGCAGCGCGUGGGAGGCCACCUUCUCCCACAAGCGCCACCCUGCGGGGGCGGCUCGGCGCCCCGCAUGGCUGGCCUGUAUCUGAUCACAACAGGUGCCUGACAUUCUUCAAAGGAAGGAGGGGACAGACGGGGACAGCAGGGCGUGGCUCGUCUAAACCAGGCUUUGCUUCUGUUAAUGAAUUAAUUUUUAAUUUACAUCCAAACUAGUUAGCAUAUAGUGCGGUAAUGAUACAGGAGUAGAGCCAGUGAUUCA